GAAGGUUGUUAGAAAUAAAACGAGAUAUUUCUCUCUGAUAUCAUAUUAGUAAAAUACUCUCAUUUCAUUAAUUGAAUAAAAACAUUACAAUUGAGGGUUUAUAUAUAUUUGACCAGGCCUAAACCAAAGCCACUAAACCAAACCAACUCUUUUUACAAUUGAACCAAUGAUACGUUUCAUCGAAGAUCUUGCUGGCCUUAUCCGAACUCACUCAUCAUCCAUAGAAACUCAUCAAUGCAGAAACCACACGUGUAUCUGAAUCAUCUAGCCCUCUCUUGAUCAAACCGCCAUGGAUAGUGAAAUCCAAAAACGGAUUCGUUAGAGCAGUACAGAUUCUCAAAACCAUAGCGAGAACUACUCCAUCGAAAUUUACUCCUCUGUUCUGUAGCUGAACAAAAUCAUCUAAGACUCUAGCAAAUUGGAUUCAUAUGCUAGAGAAGCUGUGCAUGAACUCUAAAAAGGCUAUGAUAUCGCAACGAUAUUCAACUCCAAGUUUACAUAUCUAUCACCGGUAUGGUACGACCUGAAGAGGUCGGUUAAGUGAUUGCCUCUUAUCUUCGGGUUUCCAGAAAUAUAGGUAGUGACAUUUUAGGUUUCUGUUUCUAGCAGCCAAGGAUCAGGCUUGGUUUUGGAAGGGAGACAAGAGCUUCGAUCAAGCGGCAAUGCAAUGGUACUUCAAUGCUGAUAUUGGCCAGAGAGCGAUUUUGAUUCUUGAUAUGCAAGUGGUCUUGUAAAGGUUCAUGCUCACUGAAAAGGAUGAAAGUUUUCACAGAGCUUGCUUGUUAAUGUUUGUCAUCAAUUUUAACCAAGACAUGAUCAAGAGGCAUCUCAUCCGAAAUGCCACGUGUCAAGCAAGUGGUGGCUAAAAUUGAUUACACAGUCCACGUCAGCUUACCAGAAACGGCUACAGGCUUGUCCUCCUCACACUUUUUCUUCCACUGCUUCUUUUCUCCUUAAUCUUUCUUAAUGAUACGGAGAGGACAAUUCUUGGUGUAGCGAGAGAUAGAGAGAGAGAGACAUGGAAGCUCUGAAAACUGCUAGCUUCAGCCCUAUCUCGGCUCUAUCGGAGAAGAGAUCAGAACCACGAAAGCCCUUCUCGCUCCCUAACCUCUUUCCACCGAAAUCAGCAAAACCAAUCUCCCAAGAAAGCUUCUUCAGGAGCUUCAAUGGCGGAUUGGCUCUUCUGACCUCUGUUCUAAGCAGUGCAGCCGCUCCUGCCAAAUCCCUGACGUACGAGGAAGCUCUGCAACAAUCUAUGACCGCUCCUUCAUCUUUUGAUUCAGACGGCUUGAUCGAUGGGAUAUCAAGUUUCGUCACGGACAAUCCUCUGGUUAUCGCCGGUGGGUUUGCUGCAUUUGCUGUUCCGUUUGUUCUGUCUCAGGUUCUGAACAAAAAGCCCAAAUCUUUUGGGGUUGAGUCUGCUAAGAAUGCUUACACCAAGUUGGGUACUGACGAAAAUGCUCAGUUGCUUGACAUAAGAGCCACUCCUGAUCUCAGACAAGUGGGCAGUCCUAAUAUUAAGGGUUUAGGUAAAAAGACGGUUUCUACUGUUUAUAACGGAGAAGACAAGCCUGGUUUCUUGAAGAAGCUCUCCUUGAAGUUUAAAGAUCCUGAGAAUACCACAUUGUUCAUUCUGGACAAGUUUGAUGGAAACUCCGAGCUUGUUGCUGAAUUGGUGGCUCUUAAUGGAUUCAAAUCUGCUUACGCUAUCAAAGAUGGAGCAGAGGGACCUAGAGGCUGGUUGAAUAGCGGUUUGCCUUGGGUAGAGCCAAAGAAGACUCUCAGUCUUGACUUGAGCAGUUUGACGGAUAGUAUCAGCGGUGUGUUUGGUGAGAGUUCUGAUGGUGUCUCUGUUGCUAUUGGAGUAGCUGCUGCUGCUGGAUUAAGUGUUUUAGCAUUCUCAGAGAUUGAAACCAUACUCCAACUACUAGGUUCAGCUGCACUUGUUCAGCUUGCAGGCAAGAAACUUCUAUUUGCUGAGGACCGAAAGCAAACUCUAAAACAAGUGGAUGAGUUCUUGAACACAAAGGUUGCCCCUAAAGAACUUGUUGAUGAAUUAAAGUACCCUGACUUGAAGCCUCCAGCAUCUCCGACACCAUCGCAGCCCUGAAAAAAAAUCUUAUAAAGAAGCAUCCUUUGUACUCACUCUGGCUUUUUCUCCUGCGAACAGAAUAACAAUAUUGGUCGAGUCUUGUAUCUUCUUCUUUUUCUGUUUUAUUUCUUUUCUUGGAGAACUUAGACGCUACCUUCUGUCGAAUAAGUGUACUCAGUUUCUUUUUUUUUUUUUUUUCCUUUAUACCGCCAUUGAUGCUGAGCUAAAGAGCUUAAGUUCAAAUAAUCGUUGACCAAGUCAAAUAUAUGAUUUUGCGCUAAUUGUUACAAUAAGAAGGGUCAGCCCAUAUUAGGCCCGGCCCAUAGUAGGAAAGGAAUUGAAUAGAACCAAA